CCACACCUCCACCAUUCCUCAUCCAAACAUCUCCCAUCUCUCUCUCUCUCUCUCUAAAAGUCUCACACUUCACUCUCCAAUGGCUUCCACCAUUCUAAAGCUCCUAGCUAUUCUCUCUCUCUUAAAUCUCACCUUCGCUUCACGAGCAACCCCCAAUUCUCUAGUCGAAGACACACAAACUCAGCUCCUGAAAUACCACAAAGGCGCUCUCCUCCACGGCAAAAUCUCCGUCAACCUAAUUUGGUACGGCAAAUUCACCUCUUCUCAGCGCGCAAUCGUCGCCGAUUUCAUCACUUCUCUCUCUCCUUCCUCUCCCUCGCAAUCGCAGCCAUCCGUCGCCGCGUGGUGGAAAACAACGGAGAAGUACUACCACCUCGCCUCCAAAAAGCAAUCCCUCUCUCUCCACCUCAACAACCAGAUCCUCGACGAUUCCUACUCGAUCGGAAAAUCUCUCACCGAAAACCACCUCAUAGAUCUGGCAUCCAAGGGCGAGAAAUCCAACGCGAUCAACAUUGUGCUAACCGCAUCUGACGUCGCCGUCGACGGUUUCUGCCAGAACCGCUGCGGCAGCCACGGAUCCAAAUCGAGCGCUGUGAACGGGAAAAAUCAGAAAUUCGCUUACAUUUGGGUAGGGAAUUCGGAGACUCAGUGCGCUGGCUACUGCGCGUGGCCGUUCCACCAGCCGAUCUACGGUCCGCAGAGCCCGCCGUUGAUUUCUCCGAACAACGACGUCGGAAUCGACGGAAUGGUGAUCAAUUUGUCCGCGCUUUUGGCCGGAACCGCCACGAAUCCUUUCGGAAACGGAUUCUACCAAGGAACGGCGGAUGCGCCGCUCGAGCCGGCGACGGCGUGCCCUGGGGUGUAUGCGAAGGGAGCGUACCCUGGUUAUGCCGGAGAUUUGCUGGUGGAGAAGACUAGUGGUGCUAGCUAUAAUGCGCAUGGUGCCAACGGCCGGAAAUACGUGCUUCCCGCUAUAUAUGAUCCUUCUACAUCCAAGUGCUCGACUUUGGUUUAAGUUUAGGGAAUAUUAAUUUUUUAUAUAGAUGAACAAUGUACUAAUAGAAAAUUCAUUUAUUCUUUUCUAUUUUUAUUUCGGCGUAAUACUAAGCAAAUUUAUUGAGGUUUGCUUUAUAUAAAAAUGAAAAUUGGUCUGUUUACUAAAA